GCAGCAUCAGACUGGAUCCACGGAGCAGGAGCGCGCUCCAAGACCAGGACGCAUCUGCAGACAUUUGACAAACUUAUGUUACAAACAGAAUCUGAAAUAUAGAAACCACUAAUUAUGAACGCACUGCUUUCAUUUUAACACAUGUCCGCUUCUUGGCUGUGUUUUUAUAAGAUCUGUGCUGGUUCCAUGAUGCGCUUCUGAAUUGGAUUAACGCGCGGCGAUAAAGGGCGAUUCUGCGCACUUGGAAAAAUUAUGUAAGGUUUUCCACUGCAGCAUUACCCUCAGACACAGCCAUGAAGUCUGUGCUGGAUGGUGUGGCAGACACCACCUUCCGGACUAUCACAUCUGGUUUACAGUAUCUCGGUUCCAACGACGCUAACUACGACAACCCCACCAAUGAUGUAGACUUCAAGGGCGGCUUCUCUCUGCAGAAGCCCUUAUCUGCUUUCCGCAGCAACUCCUUCCCAGACAAAGUACCUGCGGACGAGGAGCUCAUCCUCAAGGGCAUUCCGUUCUUCCCCACCAAUGCCACAGACUUGUUUGGCAACAGGAGCACGUUCAGAGAUGAGACUGACACUAUACAAUGUGGGGAGAACUUUAUGGACAUGGAGUGUUUCAUGAUCCUGACUCCCAGUCAGCAGCUGGCUGUGGCUGUGAUGUCUCUGACUCUGGGUACCUUCACGGUGCUGGAGAACCUGGUUGUGCUCUGCGUCAUCCUGCAGUCCCGCACCCUCCGCUGCCGGCCAUCCUACCACUUCAUCGGCAGCCUGGCUGUGGCUGACCUGCUGGGCAGUGUCAUCUUUGUCUAUAGCUUUCUGGACUUCCAUGUUUUCCACAGGAAGGACAGCCCCAAUGUUUUUCUCUUCAAGUUGGGUGGAGUCACAGCAUCGUUCACGGCGUCUGUGGGCAGUCUUUUCCUCACGGCCAUUGACCGCUACAUCUCCAUACACCGGCCUCUCGCCUACAGGCGCAUUGUGACACGGACCAAGGCUGUCAUAGCCUUCUGUAUGAUGUGGACUAUCUCCAUUGUCAUCGCAGUGCUACCUCUGCUGGGCUGGAACUGUAAACGUCUCAAUUCUGUUUGCUCCGAAUUAUUCCCUCUUAUUGAUAAGAACUACCUGAUGUUCUGGAUCGGUGUGACCAGUGUGCUGGUUCUUUUCAUCAUCUACGCCUACAUGUACAUCCUGUGGAAAGCACACCACCAUGCUGUGCGCAUGCUGAGCCGAACCUCCCAGAAGAGCCUCGUUGUUUACUCAGCAGAUGGGACUAAAGUGCAGACCACACGUCCUGAGCAGACACGCAUGGAUAUCCGUCUGGCCAAGACCCUGGUGCUCAUCUUGGUGGUGCUGGUCAUAUGUUGGGGCCCAGUGCUCGCCAUCAUGGUCUAUGACCUCUUCUGGAGCAUGGACGAUGAUAUCAAGACAGUAUUUGCAUUCUGCAGCAUGCUCUGCCUGCUCAACUCCACCGUUAACCCAAUCAUCUACGCCCUGAGGAGCAAGGACCUGCGGCAUGCCUUCCUCAGCUCCUGCCACGCCUGCAGGGGCAGUGCACAGCAGUUGGACAAUAGCCUGGAGUCAGACUACCAGAACAGAAACGCAAACAUUUCUGCCAACAGGGCUGCAGAGAGCUGCGUGAAGACCACUGUGAAAAUAGCCAAAGUAACAAUGUCUGUGUCAACUGAAACCUCUGCCGAAGCUGUCUAAUUGGCCAUCACUGGGGAGACUGUGUAUAUGUCAUCAUCCCCGAACAAUGUCAUCCAGCACAUUGAUGCAGAAGUUAGAUAUUCCAGAGAAAGACAAAAAGAUCCUCUCCUGAAAGUAUUGAUUUACAUCCUCACAUAGACGCUUUAGUGGUUGCAUUAUUAUGUUUGUGUGUGAGUACAUAGUGUGCCAAAGUGCCAAAUGGUAUUGCAAGGUCACAGAAAGGACAAUUUAAAAGGAUUUUCAAAGACUAUCCUGAGUCUGCUGUUUACCAUAAGACUUCAUGAUAUCCAGUUAGUGGAGGCAUAUUAUAUUUUUGUACUGUGAAUUCAGGUUUUGAAAACAAUACAUCUUCAUUUAUGGGAUAAGGGGCUACUGACAUUUUUGAUUCGAGCUGUUUUACUGUGUCAUUUAGACUUUAACACGUGUCUUGCGCCAUAAAUAAAAUAACGACUUGCGCCUUGACUUUCUACAGGCUUGAUAUAUAUGUUGCGUAAAAACAUUUCUAUGAGCAAAUGUGAAAAAAAAAGAUUGUCAUUAACAUUUUGUACUCGUUCUGACAACACUCGGUGAGUGGCAAAGAGAUUUAGGCUCAAUAUAUGAAAAAAUUAAACAUAUUUACCACCAUCACUAAAUAAAAUCUACUGACAGGAGAUGGAAGUAAAAUAAUUCACAGCUUAUGAGUCGUGUGAAAUCUCACACGACAUUUUCUGUGGCAGAGUGACGAUCGUCCCUGUUGUCCAUUUCUUUACUCGCUAGAUGUUAGACCUUUUGGAGUAACGUGUCUUUGUUCAAAUGUAUACCUAACGACUGUACAGUGUUUUCUUGCAAGAAUAAAAGAGUUCAAAUCCACUCGUUCAGCGACACCGCCAACGCAACACCGACAGCAAGCUUUCAGCCAAAACUUGAACACAUUCAUUCAAACUGAACUCGGACACAGUGUGCUGGACACUGCUGUGACGAACCGAGGUGGUUUCUGCUUUCAUCAAAUGUAGGAUUUUAAUGGAUUCAGCAUUUGUGUGUGUGUGUGUGUGUGUGUGUGUGUGUGUGUGUGUGUGUGUGUGAUACCUUGGUGAUAUAUUUCCAAGCCCUGAGCCUUUUGGAUCAUUGCAGUGAGUUGUUUUAGUGCUACUGUUGCAGCGGGACAUGGUUUUGGAAAACAAAAGCAGCCCAUGCACAGGCCUAGUGAAGUACUUUUGACGUAACUGAAUUUAAAAAAAACAUGUCUGCUUUUAAGUUUCUUAUCCAAACAAAGACACAAGGGUGUUUUCAGUGGCAGAGUGGAAUUCUGGGUGUGCGCACUGUGUGGAGAAUCAACAACUGACCUUACAAAAGAACAUGUGAUUUUUCUUUUCAUUUCUAAUAUGAUGAUGUAUAACGUUUAAUCUAAAAUCUCACAGCACAAUUGUUCUGUAGGCAUUUAUCUAGGUGUGAAGUUAUCCAGACAGCUGUUUAUCAGUAUGCUUUGCUGCCUCUCGUAUUAUUGAAGAUCAAAAUGUCAAAGUGGCUUCUGUACAGUGCUGGCAUAAUGAGGAAUCUAUGAAAAAAAUAAAUCACAAUCAGUCGAGUGUUUUUAGUAUUGCUGUUAUCAAACUUUUGAAUAAAGUCACAGCUGGUUGUCA